AUGCUUCAAUCGUCAUCGGAGCGGGCCGCAGCCCAUCCGAAGCGCAGGUACACGUCCAAAGCAUGCGAGGAAUGUCGGCGCCGAAGAGCCAAGCUAACGCGCCCUGGAACGACCCAGUGUGAUGGACAACGACCUGCCUGCACCCGGUGCUCAGAGCGCUCCAUCAACUGCCUAUACCGGAGUGAGGAGGAUGGCCGCAAGCCUGCCUCGAAGUCCUAUGUACAGCUGCUGAGGAGCAGGAUCGACUUGCUUGAAGCGGUGCUUCAGUCCCGCGCCAUCGACAUCGAGGCGUCCGUUGCCCAACUCUCCACCACGGGGGCGAUGCCCCAACUGCCCUCCAUCACCAACCCCUUGGCAGGCGGCAGUGAUGCCGGCCUGAGCCCUUCAGCAUUCGAUGAUCUUUGUGCGACGUUUGAGGGAGCUCUUUCUCUAGAUGAAGCCGUCAACUAUGACCAAGAUGGCGAGAUGCGAUACUUCGGACCUUCGAGUGGCCGCUUGGAGUUCCAAAGCGAGUCUACACCUGACAACGAGGAUCACGAAAGCAGCCCCGCAACCACCAAGUCUGUAGAGACGAAUCGCUUCAUCCUGCCGCUGGAAGCCGAGGUCUAUCCCGAAGACCUUCAGACCGAGCUGAUCGAUCUGUUCUUUGAGUAUCAGAGCCCCUGGUGUCAGGUAGUCAACGAGAGGCUAUUCAGAGAAAGCAUGAAGACGCAAGGCCGCUUCUACAGCCCCCUGCUCCUCAACUGCAUCCUUGCUCUCGGAUCCCGCUACUCCGACAGGAUCGACACCCGGUCGGAUCCUGCUGAUCAGAACACGGCGGGGAAACCGUUCAUGCAGAAGGCCGAAGUACUCUUGCACUACGACAUGAAGCACCCAACCAUCACCACUCUCCAGUCAAUGUCCAUCCUGGUUGGCGUCUACGUGUCCUAUGGUUGCGAUGCAGCAGGAUGGCUGCACCAGGGAAUGGCAAAUCGACUCGCCCUCGACAUGGGGCUGAACCUCGAUGCCGCAUCCUUGGUCGGCACGUGUCACAUGUCGCCUGAAGAGAUAGAGCUGCGACGGCAGGUGUACUGGUCACUGUAUUGUGACGACAAGCUCGCGGCCAUCUACACCGGGCGAGUCUGUAGCCUUUUGGAUGUUCAGGGUGCGGUGAAUCUUCCCUCGCCACUCACGCCGGAGCAGAUAAGCAGCGGAUCCAACGAUACGACCGAAAUGGAACGAUGCAACAAGAAGAUCCUCGUGCAUCGUGGGCUGAUUGGACUCUGCCGUAUCUUGGAAAACAUUCUGCUUGCUCUGUACGCCCCAAAACCACUGUACAAAGGACCGCAGAGGAUAUCGUUUCUCCAAUCCUGCACUCUCGAGCUGAAGACGUGGUUCUACGAGCUCCCAGCCGACCUUCGGAUCGACAAGCACAACGACCUGCCGCAGGUCUACACCCUGCACAUGGUCUACCACACCUGCUGCAUUCUCCUCUUCAAACCGUUCCUCAUCAAGCCGAAAGAUGCGCCUGUGGUACCCAAGACGGACACUGCCAAACGCGCCGAGGAGUUUUGCAUCGAGUCGGCGAAAAGGAUAUGUCACGCCGGGAAAAAGUACCGCCAGGUUUUUGGGAGCUUCCGCAGGAGCCCGAUCUCGGCCACGCACUGCAUACUCACCGCGACGCUGGUUCUGAUCCAGUACGCGAGUCCCGACCCGGACUUUGCAAACACAGGCAGACCGUGUUGCACCUUGUACAUCGAGGCGUGCCUGGAGAUCUUGAAGGAGCUGUCCACCUCAUGGAAGCCUGCUUGCAGGACGAGAGCCAACCUCAUCAAAUACCUGUACCAAAAGUACCCAGAGAGGAUUCCGAACUCCCUGCUCCAUGACGAGCGGAGGAAUACGGCAGUGGCACCCGAGAAGGGCGUGGAGAUGCUCGCGGCGCAACCGCAGGAAAGCCUCGAGCAGAACCUGUGUCCGCUGAUGAACAUGGUCGACCAGAACUUUGCGUGGGACGGGGUAGGCGAAGGCUCUCAGGGCUUCGGCGGCGGCGGUUCGGAAUCCGCCUUCAAUACGCAGUUCGCCCUCGCAGAUUCCAUCAUGAACGGCGGCGGACAGGACGGGACGACUUUCAUGGACGAUGCCUUUUGGUCAGGGGUGAACUUUGACUUCAAUUACGAUCCCCAGACGUAG